AUGCUCCACCUCGUUCGCUCCGACCCUUCGGCCGAUAGACCUGAGUGGCGGCCUUACGUCUUCUCGCGACACCCGCUCGCUGUGGCGUACAGAUACUCCGCGGGUGGCUACUCGUUUGCUGGCCUGCUUCUGCUGCUCUUCGCUGACCGUAUGCGAUCUUACGACGCGGGCGUGUGGUGGUGCGCGCUCGGCAUGGCGCUGGUCGUGCAGGGCGCUGUCGCGUAUCUGGGUGACGUGCAGUCGUGGGGGCGGCCCUCGGUGUGGAAACAGCUGGAUCCGCUGCUGGCGUCCACGCUCUUUCUCGCCUUUGGCCCUUGGCUCGGCGCUCGCUCCCUCCUCGGCCACUUCGUGGUUCCGAGAUCCACGCUCAGCCUCUGGCUAGCCGGCUGUGCGCUCGCGCUCUUCGCCAAGGCGAAAGCGGCGCAGGCCUCGCGGCGAGCGGCGCCGCGGCUGGAGGAGAUGUUAGCAUGGCACACCCUGUGGCACGCCCUGCCCUUCCUCGCCGUGUUCUGCAUCCUCGACCUGGCCUUUAUGCUGACCUUUGCUGGCUCAGAGUUCGCGCGGGCAUGA